AUGCGAGGGAUCCUCCUCUGUUGCCUUGUGGCCCUUGCCACAUGUCAGAGCAUCCGCUAUGAUCUGGGCCUGAACCCCCACAAAAUCUAUGAGUACAAAUAUGAGGGAGCGGUGAACUUUGGACUCGGGAUGCCCAACCUCGCAGAGUCUGGUGCGAGAAUUUCAUGCAAGGUCAAGAUCUCUGGUGUGUCUGCACAAACCUUCAUCCUUCUGGUGUCUGAUCUGGCUGUAGAGGAGUUCAAUGGCUUCCCUGGGAAAGACGGCUUCACUGCCUCCCCUAAGCUCACCCAGCGUAUUGCUGCUCCUCUCUCCAAACCCUUCAUGUUCAACUACACCAGUGGACAUGUCGGAGACAUCCGUGCUGCUGCUGAGAUCCCUGACAGCAUUGUCAACAUUGUGAGAGGGAUACUGAGUUUUUUUCAAGUCACCUUGAAGACCACACAGAGAUAUUACGAGCUUGAAGAGAUUGGGAUCCAUGGCAAGUGCCAGAGCAACUAUGCUAUUGAGGAAAAUGCAGAAACAAAGGACAUGACUAUCACCCAGGUUGUGGAUUUUGAUAACUGCAGGGAGAAAGCAGCCAUCUACAGGGGAAUGUCAACUGCCGUGCUGGACAAAGUGGCCAAACAGAAAGGGGAAUCUAUCAUUUCAUCUGUAAAAUAUGUUUACACCGUCAAACCAACAGCAGAGGGAGGCCUCAUUACCAAGGCUCAGGGCCUGGAGCGGCAGCACUUCAGUCCUUUCAACGUGAAAGGUGGCAAUUUUAAGAUGCAAGCGAUGAAGGAAAUGGUGCUUCUCAGUGUGAGCGACACAGCUGAAGCCCUUACAUUUGGACCGAUGGAAAGCAAGGGCAGCCUUGUUCACAAGUUUGUUGAUGCAGAAGCUGAUAUCCCUAUUGUGAUGCAAAACCUGGAGAACCCAGUGCCAAAGGCUAUUGAGUUGUUCAACAAACUGGUUGAGGCUAAUAAAUAUGCCAUUGACAGCGCUUCAACUGAGGAUAUCAUAAAGCUGUACCAACUGCUGCGAGUGACAGAUUAUGAAGGAUUAGAAGCUAUGUGGAAGCAGUUUAAAGGGAGUAGAGAUCACAGACGUUGGUUUUUGGACAUGGCUGUCGAGGUCACUGAUGCCAGAAUCCUGAAGUUCAUUGAGAGUAGGCUUGAGUCUGGAGAGCUGACCGCAACUGAAAUUGUGCAUAUUGUUGUCUUGGCAAUCAACCAUCUACGACCUAUUCCUGAGCUGGUUGAGAUGGCUAAAAUGUUCCUGACAAUGCCCUCAAGUAAAUCCAAUGUCUAUGUGUGGCACACUGUGGUGCUUACCUAUGGCUCACUGGUGUACAAGCACUGUAACUAUUACACACCUUGCCCAGUAUCUGCUGUUCAGCCACUACUGGACCUGGCCAUGGAAAGUCUGAGGACCGGCAAUGAGGCAAACAUGGUCCUUGCUCUGAAAGCUCUGGGUAAUGCAGGCCACCCAGGAAGCAUUAAAACCAUCAUCCGCUUCCUCCCCGGGGUUGCUGCCUCUCCUGUGGAUCUGCCUCCUCGUGUGCUGAGCGCUGCUGUGCAGUCAAUGAGACUCAUCGCUGCUAGAGACCCUCACAGUGUCCAAGAUAUCACCAUGACUCUGUUCUUACAAAAAGACCUUCCCAGUGAGAUCCGCAUACUAGCCUUUGUAAUCCUGUUUGACACUAAGCCAUCCAUGGCUCUGGUGUCCACAGUGACUGCACAUCUGCAGGAGGAAAAAGACCUCCAUGUUGUUAGCUUUGCAUACUCCUACUUGAAGAGCUUUGCAAGAUCCACUACUCCAGACAAUCUCUUCCUCUCAACUGCCUGCAAUGUGGCUGUGAAAAUCCUGGCCCCUAAGUUUGGUCGUCUAAGCUAUUACUACAGCAAAGGACUGCGCAUGGACUGGUUUAGUGAUGACUUCCUCAUUGGAACAGCCACAGAAAUCCUCGUGCUAAGGAGUUCAGGAAACAUGAUUCCCACUGAAUUCAUGAUGAAAGGGAAAUUCUUUUUCAUUGGUAGAAUUCUGCAGCUUCUGGAGCUGGGGAUCCGUGCUGAUGGAAUUAAGGAGCUCUUCAGUGAGGGCAUCCCUGGUUUUUCAGGAGAUCUUAGUCUUACUGAUUUCCAGGCUAUUUUGAAUGUGCUUCAAAACUGGGAAAUCCUGCCUAGUGGUAAGCCCAUUUUUUCUGCCUAUACACGUGCCUCUGGACAAGAAUGGUUCUUUGCAGAUAUCGACAAAGAUUUCAUCCAGGACAUCAUUAGGGCUGUCAGUCCUUCUGCAGGGACAGAAAGCCCUCUGUGGGGAAUGAUCGAGGAUCUGCAAAGAGGGAUGUCAUGGCAUUGGACAAAGCCUUUCUUAAUCUUUGAGGUCCGCUACAUCCAAGCUACCACCCUGGGUCUCCCACUGGAGAUCAGCAAAUAUUAUGAAACCCUGAAUGCCAUCACUGUCAAUGCCAAAACCACACUGAACCCACCGCCUACCCAGCAUCUUGGACAACUGUUGAAUUCUGAGAUUUCUAUGGAGACUGAUGGUUUUGUGGGCUGGACGAAGGAUUUCUGGGUUUUCUAUGGCAUCAACACAGAGCUGUUCCAGUGCGGUACUGAGUUAAAGAGCAAAAUUCCUCUUGCCAUACCCUGGAACUUUUCUGCCAAGAUCAACAUGAGAGAAAAGAAAUUUGAACUUGACUUCCCUGCAAUCAAGAAGGAGUCAACUAUCUUUUCAGUCACCUCAAAUGUGUACGCAGUCUCCAGAAACAUCGAGGAGCUAACUAUGGCUAAGAUGACACCAAUACUGCCAAAUGUUAUGGAUGCAAAUAAUGAAGUUGUCAAGAUGGAUCCUACUGUUGUGAAGCCUGACUUCGAUCAGAGUUUGACACCAAACAUGUGGCAUCCAAGAACCAAUAUGUGUGCAGAGAGUAGCAUCUAUGGAACUGGAUUGUGUGUGGAAUCUGAGUUAAAGAGAGAGUAUUAUCAUGAGGAAUACCCACUGUACUACUUCCUGGGAUACACCUACAUGGCGCUGAAAGUAACCCCAGUCCAGGCAAUCAAAGCCAUUGACAAAAUCCACUUUGAGGUUAACGCCGUCCCGAGCACACAGCCAAUGACUGUACGCCAACUGCUUGAGACUCUGAAGAGGCUUUCCAAGGAAGCUGCCCAGCAAAUGAGUCUGUCCUCUGAUUCAGCCUCCAGCACCAGAGGAUCUCGUAACAACAAUGAGGACAGUGUAGUGCAAGUCUCAACACCUCAAGCUCUGUUCAGUAUCAAAGCUUUUGCCAUAAGUGGCAACCAGAAGCCUGAUGGUUAUGAUGCUUCAAUUUUCUACACGCCAGAGGCAGACGCAAAGAGCGCCCAGCUGAUAAUGUCUCAGGUUGGAGAAGACACCAACUGGAAGAUGUGUGUCGACACCAUCAUGCAUGCAUACGAAGAGGCAAAGGCUCACAUCAGAUGGGGAGCUGAAUGCCAGUCCUAUGAAAUGUCAAUGAGAGGUGCAACCACUCAUUUGCCCGGUUCCAAGCCGACGCUGAAGGCCAAAGUACACUGGACUAGAAUCCCUGAAAGCAUGGCAGAGAUCGGCAGGAGGAUUGAGAGUUACGUCCCCGGGAUGGCUUUCCUUCUUGGUUUCUCCCAGGAACAUGUAAGAAACACCAGGCAGGAGGUUUCAGCAUCAGUUGUUGCCGCCUCAGCAGACAGCAUUGAUAUGAAGAUUAAACUCCCAGAGUAUACAGUCUACCGCCAGGCGAUCCCGUUUCCUCUGCCACCUGUCAGCUUCCAGGAGCUUGAACAAGACAUCAGUAACACAACAGUAGACAGCUUUGAACGUGCAUAAGACAAAGACAACAAAGCCCAGAUGGAAGCCAGAUGCCUCGUUUCACAGUGAUAGCACCGCAACCCAAACCUCAACGCCGUGAUGAAAGUGAGGAUCAUAAAAGAUGCAUCAGUAAUCCGUCAGAUGUCACCAGCUUGGAAAUAACCCGAAAAAGGUCCUGAUUUAUUCAUUUCAAAGCAAGUUAAUAUUUGAAGACCCCCUUUUGAAGAAACAUUGUGUAAAUUCAUGCUUUUGUUACAAAAUGUUGUAUCUUCAUUAUUCUGGAUUUACAAAAAAUAAACAAGGCUUGUUGUGCUGAUUCUGUAUAUCCUUUGUUCAUCCCAAGUCAAAUAAAGCUAUGCUUUUCCUGAUGAUAAUGCGAA